UGUACACAUUUGCAUGAUUAAGUUUACAGUUUUUUAACUUUAUUCAUAUUUAUCUUCGUGGAAACAUGAUUGUUUGUAUUGUAACAAAAAUAACGCCUAAUAAAUAUUAUUUACUCUGAAAACAAAUUAAGUUUCAUCAUUAUUUAUGAUUUACGAUAAAAAGUUGUGGGGCAAAUUCAGUGUAACAUUCAAGACAGUCGACAACUAGACUGGUUAGUGUCACUUGUAAUGCGUAGUUGAUUGAAGGUGAAGUUAUAAAUCCAUAGUUUUAGUUGGUCAAUAUCAAUAUCUUUACAAUGGAAUCGGAAACAAACCAAAAUGAGACAUCACCAGGGACUUGUCUUACAAAGAAAACGAUAGCGUUCGUUGGUAUUGGGGUUUUAGUGGCUACAGCUAUUUGUGUCAGUGUUAUUGUUGCUGUUAGUGUCACAAGUGCUAAGCCAUCACCACCGAAGGCACCUUUAACUUUAAGUGAAUACAUAGAAAAGAUGAAUUUGAUUAAAGAUGAAAUUAAAUGGGUUAGUUAUAGCUCUGACAAUUAUUCAUUGACUGAUGCUUUAGCUGGCGGCGCUGGAUCCGUGGAUAAGAGUACUGUUUACCUUUGUCGAGCAAAGCAUCGAGCAAAUACAAGAAACAAAGAAGAACUGAUUCCUGGAACUUUUGAUCCCACAAGUGGUUUAUGUGCAGUCCCAUACGGUGAUAAAGCUAACGACCAUUCAGAGUUUGAGUUGCUUGUUACAAAGAAUCCAUCUCGAUUAAUUUGGAAAGAGGAUUCGAAAGGUCAUUUAAAAAGUGGUGCCGUUUCUGGUGGCCAAACUGCAUAUGAUGAAGAGCUUUACGUUACAAGAUUUCAAUACAAUGGCUAUACAGUUCUGGGUAAAUUACAUUUGGCUCAUAAUAAAGCUUCAGGCCCAGCUGAUGGAAUAGAGAAAUACCGAGAAACUUAUGAUCUUUUAUGUUUUUAUGAUUAUGCUUUGUAAAUUUUUUAAUCAAAAGUCCAACUUGAAUCAUCAGUUUUUAAAUCGUGUAACUUAUGUACCUGAAUAAGUAAUGUGUAAAUGUAGAUGUCGAUUUUUAAAUCUUCAUGUUGACCGUUUUUUCAAAUAAUAUUUUUACCAGAUUUCCUGGCCAUAAACUCUUUACUCUUCUAGUAAUCUUACCAGAACUACGAAACAAAAAUAACGCCAGAUUAUAUUUAAAGCUGAUAGAUUCCUUGAAUAAAUAACACCUUUUAUGUAGA